CAUUGUCUCACACUGUUUCACCGGCGUCACUUCGGAAGGCGCAUUUUUUUUGCAGACUUAUCAUUUUAUAAAAAAUUCUCCUGGCGUCAGCACCGCCGCUGCUGCAAAUAAAGUUAACCGUGCAACUGAAGAUUGUUUUUUUCUUGUUCUAUAACUAAAUAGAGUUUUUAAAGUACAAACAAAAUGGGCAAGAAAACCGAUAAUACCGAGAGCUCCGGCAAGGGCUCAGAUGCCGAGGAGGAAGAGUACGCCGUUGAGAAGAUCAUUGACCGGCGGGUGCGCAAGGGCAAGGUGGAGUACUACCUUAAGUGGAAGGGCUACGCCGAAACGGAGAACACCUGGGAGCCGGAGAGCAAUCUCGACUGCCAGGAUCUCAUCCAGCAGUACGAGCUGAGCCGCAAGGACGAGGAAAGGGCGGCGGCAUCCAGAAGGGACCGACCGAGCAGCAGUAACAAGUCCAAGGAAACCACGGGACGCGUUAGCACAUCGGCGUCAACUACAAGCAAGCGAAAGUCCGAAGAACCAGCAGCGCCCGCUAGCAACAAAUCAAAACGUACAACAGAGGCGGAUCAGGACAGCACUGAUUCCUUGCAGACCGGAUCAACCGGAUUUGAUCGCGGCCUAGAGGCCGAGAAGAUCCUGGGGGCCUCCGACAACAAUGGCCGUCUGACAUUCCUAAUUCAGUUCAAAGGAGUGGACCAGGCCGAAAUGGUGCCCUCUUCAGUGGCCAACCUCCAAAUCCCGCAGAUGGUGAUCCACUUCUACGAGGAGCGUCUGUCCUGGUACUCAGACAAUGAGGAUUAGGCUCAUCCUUGAAGUUGGAGCAUUAAUAGACCGAGAAGAGCGUUAACACAUCCAACGAAUGAAACAACCACAUAGAUUUAUCUCUGGCCCCCCUGCAGGCGUUUACUCCUCACAACUCGUGAAGCUUCGGACAACCUUUCUAUAUCUGUCCAGGAUUCAUGCUUGUAUUUAUGAUUAACAUUUUCGUGAAUAAACAAAACUUAUGUUCAGAUGGAGCCUA